AUGAGCUCUCCAGCAAAUCCGCCAGGUCCUCUCACUCCCCCAGCAGAGCCGGCCUCUCAAGGACCGCAACCUUCGCAACCCGCAGGCACAACGACGCAACCACAAGUCGAGCCGCUCCUUUCUCAGCCUCUAACGUCACUGUCAGACGACGGCAAAUCUAAGAGACCUCGCGACCAUCGAUUAAUUCAUCUUCUUCUCGUAUCUCACGGUAUCUCUGCAUACCAACAACGCGUCCCUCUCCAGCUGAUGGACUUUGCCUAUCGAUACACUAGCUCUGUCCUAAGCGACGCACUACACAUCCAGAAUGAGGCAUACGAUCAGGCCGACACGAGUACGCAGAGCAAGGGACGGGGUGCUAAAAACAACCAGAACAAGUUGGAGGAGGGCGAUGUCAGUUUAGCGGCCCUGCGCAUGUCAAUAGGUUCACGGAUGGGCUACCAGUUUCAGGGGAGUUUGCCCAAGGAGUUUCUCAAGAAUUUGGCAGACGAACGGAACAGGAUAUCGCUCACUGCGCAGUCAAGGGAUGGAGACAAGAGUGGUCCCAUGAUCGGAGGUGUACGGUUACCGCACGAGAAGUAUUGCCUGACCGGCGUUGGCUGGGGCUUGAAGGACGAAUGGGACAGUGAAGGUGAGGAGAGCAGUGACGAAGGAGAGCCCGAGGGAAAAGCCGAGCCUGAGGAUGCCAUGCAGAUGGAUGACAAGGUUGACGAAGAUGAAGAAGGCCUAGGGACUAUGGAAGAUGUUUUUGGUGACGAUGAUGCUGGUGGCGAUGAUGGGGGCGGCGACGCUGACGGCGAUGCCGAGAUGCAGGGCUGA